UUGAAUCUGGGCAGCUGCUUUAUUACCAAGAUCAUUUGUAGGCUUGUCCAGAAUAAGCAGUGAUGCAUUUUUAAUGAAAGCAUGGGCAAUAGCUAGUCGCCAUUGCUCUCUACUGGAGAGUUUAUUAGCUUAGUAUCAUAACCAGUCAGAGUAUUUGAGGAUCUGAUCAUGGACGGCUGCAGCCCUGCAUGCCUCAUGUAUGUCUUCAUCACUGGUGGUGUUGGGGUUUGAUGUAUUGAAUAUUGCCUGUAAUUCUGUAAAUCAAAAAAACCAGGGCACCGAGGAAGCCAGUGCAAAAUUCUCUUGUACAGUUCCCAGUCUCACUCUCGAGAUAUCCUUCCUUUCCCACUAUUCUCGCAAGAGUAGUUUUGACUUCCCAGUUCCAGUUGUUCCAACGAUCACUGUGAUUGACCAGGAGUUUUUCAUGUGCGACAUAUGCGCUAACCUGCGACCCCCGUUCCGAGGCACCGAGGGAACUUCGUCGGGCUCAACCAAACUCCCAAACUCCCCGCAACCAACCAGCAACAGCUUCCAGCGUAACGGGGACAAGGGAGACGGCUAGCUAGCUAUAUAUCCCCGCAGACAUACGCUGUACAUAAGUACAUAAAUACCCGCCGCUCUCUUCUUUCCUUCAUCCCCGUUAAUUAUUUGCUGUCUUACAGCUAACUAGUUAGUUAACCUCUCUUUCAUUUAAAACUUCAUUGUUCUUGUUUUCAUCCAUUCAACAAGGGAAACCCCCCCCUUGUAAGUAACCAGCACAUAAACAAAUUACACUAUACAAACACUAUACAAACAAAUAAAGAUGGCCAAAAAACAAGCCGGUCCCGCCUACGUCCUCGGCGUGGGCAUGACCAAGUUCAUCAAACCUCGCGGUAAAGUCGACUAUCACGAGCUCGGCUUCGAGGCCGGCGUCAAGGCCAUGUUGGACGCCCAGAUCAGCUACGACGACGUCGACCAGGGCGUGGCGUGCUACUGCUACGGAGACUCUACCUGCGGCCAGCGUGUCUUCUACCAAUUCGGCCUCACCAGCAUCCCUAUCUAUAACGUCAACAACAACUGCUCCACGGGGUCUACGGGCCUGGCCAUGGCGCGGACGAUGGUCGGGCACGGCGCUGCGGACUGCGUGCUCGUUGUGGGCUUUGAGAAGAUGAACCCGGGCAGCCUCCAGGCGAACUUCAAUGACCGCGCGAACCCCACCGGACUCUUUGGUGACAUGAUGGCGGAGACUCGCGGCGUCACUAAUGCCCCUGGCGCGGCGCAGAUGUUUGGAAGGCAACAAAUCGUCUCCUGCAUUUCGAAACCAAUAUGCGGAAUAGUGGUUGUGCGUGGGAGUGCUUUAGGGCGUGAAGAACCCCCAGAUGAGAAUCUCCUUGCUUCAAGUAAUGAGUUGCAAGCAACCUACUUACCUACUUACCUACCUACCCCUCGACCAGCCCAAGGCCCACGAGCAGAGGAGCUCGCGAUUUUUACUCGCUAA